AUGUUUAGAGUGUGGAAAGAGAUUCAGUCAGAGUGGACAUCUUCAAAACCAUCAAAGGACUCACACAAAAGAGAGACCGUUUCUAUGCUCAAAGUGUGGAAAGAGAUUCAGUCAGAGUGGACAUCUUCAAAACCAUCGAAGGACUCACACAGAAGAGAGACCGUUUCUAUGCUCAGAGUGUGGAAAGAGAUUCAGGCGGAGUAGCAAUCUUCUAAUGCAUCAAAGAAUUCACACAAAGGAGAGACCUUUUGAAUGUUUAGAGUGUGGAAAGAAAUUCAGUCGAAGUAGCAAUCUUCUACAGCAUCAAAGAACUCACACAAAGGAGAGACCUUUUGAAUGUUUAGAGUGUGGAAAGAAAUUCAGUCGAAGUAGCUAUCUUCAAAACCAUCAAAAAAUUCACACAAAAGAGAGACCUUUUGAAUGCUCAGAGUGUGGAAAGAGAUUCAGUCAUAGGAGCACUCUUCAAUGGCAUCAAAGAACUAAUGCAAAGGAGAGAACUUUUGAAUGCUCAGGGUACGGAAAGAGAUUCAGUCAUGGUAUCUUUCUUCAAAGGCAUCAAAGAACCCACACAGGGGAAAUACCUUUGUAAUGCUCAUUGUAAGGCCCCUGUCAAUCUCACAUGUGGCAAGCCAAUUUGAUUCCCUUCCUCUUGUAAUAGUUUGGAGGGGGGGGCCCGGAUAGCCGAAAGUGCUUUUGUAUGCUCAGUCUGUGGAAAGAGAUUCACUUUGCCUGGCUAGUUCUUUGGUUCUUUUUGUGCUCUUUUCUGCUCCUUCACUCUGAUCAUUUUAAGAGUUCUCUUUAUUCCUAUGUCCAUGUUGCUUGAAUGCUGCAUUGAAGUUGUUGAAUCUUUUUCUGUAAUCUUUUGGCUCGUUUUUAUCUUUAGCAGUUAGUUUUCUCACUAAUCCAUCAAGGUUUUUAAUUUCAUUUGGCUACAUAAAUAAUCUUUCAGUUCAGUUCAAGAGCUGAACUGUUAACCACCCACCUCUUUUCUUCUUUCUACCUUUCCCCAGCCAUUCUGGGGAUUAUCAGCUAUUCAAUCUUCUUUCUAGAAUUGUGUCACAGCCCCGGCCUUGCU